CAGGACUCGUAGAGAAUAUACACAAGACAGUUCGAAUUUGUGAUCAAGAUUGAUCACAAAUUUGUUAUUUCUGAUCACAUUUUUUUGUGAUCAAAACUGAUCACAAUUUUCGGUACCCAGAGGGGUACCUGGGAAUCUAAUUUUUUUCCAAAAAAUUGAAGUCGACAUGGUUCCUGGCGGAGUCCGGUUUCAAUUGUUACGAAACUCGUAGUAGUGGGUGGCCUCGUACAGGCAAGUUCAAUCGACACCACAGGAAACGUUCUUUCUGCUACUAGUAGUAGUACGUACAGUAUUGUUUGUUUUCGCUGCACUGAUCGAUCUUCGACAAUCAACAAACAACCACUCAUCAUCCAUCCGUCGAUACCAGUCACAAUUCACAAUGAACACCAUUGUUGUAGUAUCACGGCAGAGAAAUGAACCUCUUCAGCACAAGGACCGGCAAUGACCGCGUCAACUCCGGGUCGAUUCUAGUUCUAGCAGGAUUCCCAAUACUGCUGUCCGGACAAGUUGCCCUGGGAGUUUUGACUAUUUUGGUCGCUCUCGUCCUAACCGCGUCACAGGGAAUAACCGAAGCCGAUAAAAUCGAGAUUCGCUUUAAUGCGUCGACUCCGGAAAACGUCCUUCGCGAGUUGGAGCAACUAUCUGAGAUGGAAAAUGUCAAUGGAUUUGGGAAAAGCAACAACUCUCGCAAGACACUUUUGGUCGACGAGGAAACCCGGAUCAAACACUACGUCAAGGGGCUAUUGGCACUGGGACGCAAAUAUGGCAAAUCAAGCGAUGACAAGCCCCAGCUUUCCUUGCGCUACCAACAAUUGGCAUUCGAAACAAUACGUCUGUAUCCGGAAAACGAUCAAAUUGUGGAUGGUUCAAUAUCUUUGUUAGCACUAAUAGCGAAGGAACCAAUAGUUCGGAAACGAUACAAAGAUCAGGCUCAUGAAUUCGGUCUGAAUCGGCCCAUUUCUGUAUUGAAAAGUGUAUUAGCAAGAGCCAGAAACGAGGAGGACGAAGCAAAAGAAGAAAUGCUCGCAGAAAUACUACGAAAAGGAUGUUUGUUCCUGGGGGCUGUUUGCAACGAGAGCGAAGACCUCGGUCUCUCCUCUGUAGUACUGUCGAAAGGUGGUUUGGAGCUUAUCCUGGAAGCCGCAAAAUGGUUUCGGUUGCACGAAGAGGUUUCGAACUGGGCGUUGUGGGCUAUUUUUACGUUGUCCUACGAUCAAUUAUCCAUCAAGGCACGGCUUGUACGAUUGCAAGGAAUCCAAACUAUAUGUGGAAUCAUGGAAAACAAUCAAACAAGCCUGGAAGUGACUCGUCAUGGCACAGCGAUCCUUUUCGAUCUAUUAAGAGAGAGAGAGCGCGUAACUGUUGGAUUCAAAUGGAAUCCUUGGGAAGUGAGGAAGAUUGCCUUGGCAUCGGGACUUCACGAGCGAAUCUUAGCCGGCAUGCGAGAAUUUCCCGAUUCAAUGGAUAUUAUGAAGAUGGGACAAGAGAUGCUCAUCGGAACGGGUUAUCGAGGUGAUAUUCCGAAGUUUCAGGAAAUAUAGAAUUUCCCUUUGACCAACUCAUUAUAAUAGGGACACAAUGCGACUCAAUACUGAUGGAUUUCGGUUGCUUGAGGGUAUGCUCCGACUUUUAAAUAGAUUUUUAAGAAAAAAAUUGACAACAAAUCCUUGGGUUGACUGUGAUAGGAGGCAUUGUGGUUUGAGCAUUCUCGUGAAUUUGUAACAUCUUAUCACACGAACCAUCACAAAAUGUCAGCGAAAGAGCUAUUGGUAGUGUGACACAUAGCAGGUACUCAGAUUCACUCGGUCGAUCGUUACUUCAUGUUCUUCCACAUGCUCCCCGGAGCUUUCGUGCUGUUUGAAACAAUGUUGACGUUGCUGUGGUCAUCAUCACCCCUUAAAAUACCCUCACGCUGUAGCUUCUUGAUCUCUUGUGCGAGCAUGGCGGAAGUUGGGGGUGUUGCUUCUUCGUGCAUACCUCUUAGCUUGUCGCGGUCAGCCACGAACGGAACGUAGAUGGCCCCGAUAAGGGCAGC